CUCAUAGCUGUUGUGCCAGAUCGUGGAGGAUGCCGCUCGAUGCUCGAUAUCACCCUUUCUCCAUCUGACCACCAUCCCUGUUCAGUGCACCUUUGUGGCUUUUGACAUUAAGAUCAAGAAAGCAACUGGAAAUGCUGGUCCUGGGAUCCAUGGCGGCCCUGGCGGCGCUCCUCCUCUUCCAGCUCGUGUUCGGCUCCGCCCGGCGUCGCAGCCGCAGCGCGCUCCUCCACGGGGCGCUGUGGCUGUCACACACGAUCCUCCCUCCGCUCACCGCCUACGCCCUCGGCCUGAUGCAGGCCUCACCGGCGAAGGCCGCGCUGUACCCCGUGUGGGCGCUCUCCCUCUUCCUCGUCGCCGGCGGCGCCAACUCCCCCACCGCCCACGACCUCGCCGACAACGGCCGGUGGGCGCGGCGCCUCUUCGUGUACCUUCAGUGCUACCUCUUCUUCACCAUGCUGUGCCGGCUCCUCACCCUCCGGCUCCGGCGCCGGCGCCGUCACCAUCCCCUUCGUUCUCCUCGCGGCCACCGUCCUCUCCUCCCACGCGUUCGGGGUCCGGGCCAGCUGGGCAGCCGGCGACCCCGGCCUGAGCAAAGCGGUGGCCGACCACAUGAAGGAUCACGCAGCCACCAUGAACGCCGGCAAGUACCUGGUACGCGGGCCUUGUCACAGGGUAGCUCGAGGAGGAACAACAAGCUCUUCUCCCUACAGGUGUGAGAUGCCCAAGGAUGACGUCAUCACCGUCGACAUGGUCUGGGAGCUCUGCGAUAGGGAAGAAGCCACCUUCGCCUCCCAUGGCGUCGGAAGCUCGCGGAUCAGAGGCGCCUGCCUCUCAUACUCCCUGUCUCAUCUUCUGAAACGACGAUUCUUUGGGUUGGAUUGCGCCGAGGCCGGCCUUGCUGAGACCCGGCGAUUGGUGAUCGACGGGUUGCUAUCGGAGUACCACGCUGAUGAGUACACUGAAGUGUUCAGGGUGAUCGAGGUGGAGUUGGGUUUCCUCUACGACUUCUUCUACACCAAGUACGCCUGCAUCUUCGAGGUGGAGACGACUUUCUUCUUCACGGCCGUUCUGAAGAUCAUCCUCACAUUCGUGCUUGGAAUAAUCGUUCUCCUGAAAUCAAAUUUUCUACUGAAAAGUAUCCCGGUCGCCGAAUCAACAACGAGAACGGUCGAUAUCGUUGUCACCGUACUAGUUCUUGGAGUGUUCGUUGCAGUGGAAGCAUGGCACACCGUAAGUUACCUGGGAUCAGAUUGGGCCAUGGUAUCACUUGCUUGCUGCCGACUGACAUCAAGUACCAACAGGUUCCUCCCGUUUGCGCUCCGGAAGCCAUUUGGGUUUCUUGGCAGGCGCCCGUUGUUCGGCUACUGGCACAACAGCAUAGGCCAGUACUCGGUCAUCGAAAGUUCACGGUUCUUGAGGCACAGCAAGGCCUUCUCCUUUGAAACCGAAUUUGAACCCAUGUUAGUGUUCUCGGUUACCGCCGAGUAUCUCCGUCGAGCUUGGGGGAAUCUGACCACAAGCAAAAGUCUGCAUUUUGUGGAGUUACCUGAGAUGCUGAAGCCUCAGAUCAUUUCCUUUCUGAAAUCCAACAGUGAUGGCCAUCCUCUAACCAACGGGAAAGCAUCAUUGCAGAGAAACGGUGUCUACCGACAGUUGUCAUGGACAUUGCAGAACGAGACUCAAGCAGAGAACAUGCUCAUCUGGCAUAUUGCCACCGAUUACCUGAUAAUCGCAUUACCUGACGAUGCGAAGGGAAGCAGGCAGAGCCUGAGCUAUCAGCACCGUGAAGUCGCAACAAAACUGUCAGGCUACUGCGCGUACCUGAUGUCUGAGGCACCGGAACUGCUCCCAGGGAAUUCAGUGGAGACAAAGUUCAUCUUCGAGCAUGCAUUGUAUGAAGCCAGAGAAACUUUGGGAUCUGAGAUGCGAGAAAGAGAUCAAUUGCGGAAAGUCCUCACCGGUUCCGGAGAUGCAGGCACCAUCUUCACCAAAGGGCUCAAGCUUGGGGCAAAGCUAGAGACCAUACGAGAAGGUUCCCUGCGAUGGAAGCUGAUGGCUGAGUUCUGGGUAGAGACCAUCCUCUACGUCGCGCCAUCUGACAAUGCUGUGGCUCACAUGGAGCGUCUUGCACAAGGUGGGGAGUUCCUGACACACAUCUGGGCUCUCCUCACGCACGCCGGCAUCCUGACUCGCAACCUCGAGCCGAUCCCUGACUGAGCCAAGCAUCUGCGUCGGCAGCCUCCUAACAUUGUUCAUGCGAACUGAUUUGUGGUUUAAUCCAGUAUGACUCAGACGUGUUUCGAUUCAUCCAGACAAGGUUCGGGUGUGGUUAGAUUCUAUUGCUUCUGUAGUUUAGUUCUAUGCUGAUGGUAGCUCUGAGCUUGUGGCCAUUAACCUGUUGAAGAGAAAUAA